UUUCAGUGAUCAAUAUCUACCCCUACAUUAAUGAUCAUAAGUCACAGAUCCAGAUACUCAAUGUUUAUGUUUAUUGUAGAAAAAUAUGUCUGUAUACAUAUGACGUGCGCAAGGUCCCUGCGUUAGAAUAAGGAAAUAUUUAGCUCUUGCACUAACAAUGAAGACAUGCUGAGUAGCUAGACUUUUAUGAGAAUAGAGAGACAACGUUAUUCACCACAUAGUAACGAUGCAGCUGGUGGUUUGGGCGUUGGUAGUGCUCUCUGUGCUAAACAGCCAAGGAACGGAUGCCUGUCCUGACCAGUGUAGUUGUAGUAAGGAAAGGUAUCUCUGUGAUGGAACUUACGUAGAUUGUGACAGUAGAGGACUGACCGGAGUACCGACUAACAUCCCCACGGACACCUGUUUCCUAGACCUGGAUUCCAAUCAAAUAACAACGUUACCAAAUGGAAUAUUUGAUGCACUGACGAGUCUGCAGACAUUAUCCCUGGGUUGGAAUAAAAUAACAACGUUACCGAUUGGAAUAUUUGAUGCACUGACGAGUCUACAAAAAUUAUACCUGAGUGGGAAUAACAUAACAACGUUACCGAUUGGAAUAUUUGAUGCACUGACGAGUCUACAAACCUUACUGCUGGAAAACAAUAAACUAACAACGUUGCAGACUGGAAUAUUUGAUCAACUGGGGAAUUUACAGACACUAUACCUGAGUAACAAUAAACUAACAACGUUACAGAUUGGAACAGUUGAUCAACUGGCGAGUUUAAAGAAUCUAGACCUGGAACACAAUAAACUAACAACGUUGCAGACUGGAAUAUUUGAUCAACUGGGGAAUUUACAGACACUUGAAGUAGGCGGAAACCCUCUACAUUGUGAUUGCCAAGUAGUCUCCUUUAUCCGCUUUAUGAAAACAAGGCGAUUGCAGUUAAAGCCCUACUCGUGGAGUACGGAACCUUCCUGUCAAAACCCUCUUAAUUUAAACGAAACGUUGCUGAAAUACAUUUCACUUCAAGAAGUAGUUUGUGAUUCAGAUUCCACCACUGUCACUACCGGCAUAGACACAACGGUUCUUGAUUCCACCACUGUCACUACCGCCAUAGACACAACAGUUCUUGAUUUCAGAUCAGCUUCCACUGAGGCAGACACUGCCGUCACAGAAAUUGCAGGAGUUGGCAAGUAUUCAACAUGUACCAAAACAUGUGGACAUUGUAUGAUACACUGUUACUGAUUAAUCAAGUAGCAAUAUGCAGUAUACGUCAUAUACAUUUGAUAUUUACAUCCAUCAAUAACCAAUGCCAUAAUAUAUAUUGACGCUGAGAUUAUUGAAAACAUCUAUUUGAAAUUUAAUUUUUGCAUGAGGAAUUCCAAUCCACCAGGUAAACUCCAUGUAUAGAGAUCGUAUUUGUGUCCAAUUUCUAAAUGUUCCAUGCCAUCGGAAGUAAGUUCGUUUCUUCAUCUAUUUGUUGAAAAAUAUCAUGAACUGCCCUACGAAUGCAUGCAUAUGUAAUUUCAUAUCGUUAAAAAUUGUUCCACAGAUGCCGGGAGAGGAAUCUAAUUUAAGACGAUAUCGAGUAUGACUUGGCACGUGGGGUAUACAAUUAGAAAUUCUAGAACAGUCAACACAACUUUGACAAAUGUUUAUAUAACCACCUUUGUCUUAUUUGUUGAGUCGGUCAUUAAGGUAUUAUCAACAGAGUGAUUGAAUGACGUGAAAACAAUCAUAAUUUAUUUCCAAGAAGUAGUAAAUCAUUCUCAGUUGAUAAUUCGAAUCAACUGAAUCUUUACUUAACACUGAUCAAUUGCAAAGUUUUGUUUUUGAGAAGGGGUGCAAAAUCGUAUACCUUAUACAUUACGGAUUGCUUAAUAGGUAAGAUAUCGACAUGCAGUGAAAAAAGAAAGGUGAUAUCUUUAUAUAUUUCAAAUAAAUGUCCAUAUUGUAACAUAUUAUCCAAAAGCAAAGCAAAUGGGUGCAUUUAUAAUUCGUGUAUUUAAAGAUAUAAAAAAACCGCAUUAUAUUGAAAAUAAAAAGGGAUAAAUGAGAAUCGUCACAAACAAUGUUCAAAUAAAUCCACGGAAGAUCCAUCGAUGCACUGUUACCUAGACAACGUAAGAGGCAUGCAUCCCUGUCGAUGUAUUCAACACUGGUAGGUAUUUAUAUUCAAUAGUCAACGCUGGUGAGUACAGAUUUUUGUUUUCCUAUAUAAUAAACUAAUAUAGAACAAAACAACAGAAGGUGCGUCGCUAUAUUCGAGUUAUAUGUUUACCCGGAAUGUACAACAUCAACCUGUAUUUGGUAUUUACAAGUUUUACGUUUUAUUAGUGUCUUCAAGCUAUAAAUGUACUCGUUAAGUAUGAUGCAUACAUUUGCUUGGUAUUUACAUAGUAUAUAUUUACUUUGUAUGUACAAGUUACAUGUUUAUUCGGUAUACGCGUAUUUUGUGUGUCCGGGGAGAAUGGGGAUCGAAAAAUGAAUGACACUAUCUUCGUGUUUAUUGAGCUGAUUAUAAUAACGACAAAAAUCACAAACAUGGAAUCUGGUAAGUAUUUAAUGUUUCAUUCAUUCUUUCUAUCACCCUAUUUGAACAUUUCAGGAGAUCAGAAAAGCGGCCGUGUCUCUCUGUUGCUUUGACAAGGACAGGGUAUGCAUGUGGUCGGGAUUUUUGGAGAUCAUGGGCAGAUGCUGACAGCUGAUUUUUGUUACCAGGAUUUCGGCGGUCUCCUUUGAGGUUGGCAUUUGGCAAGUUCUAUUGCCGAUGUGGUGAUCUGGAUUGCAGAUUGUCUACACGAUCGAAACAGAGGGUUUACGGAGGGUGUGUCCGAUCAACAACGAAUAUUGCCUCCUCCUAGACAGCUGAUCCCACGCCGGUGUUUCUAAUGGAAUCAGAAGUAUCGAAAUCAUGUAGGAAUUUCAACCAAACAUUGAAUGAUGUGGUUUUUGUACGACCUACUUUCCGUGUGGUGAAUUGAAAAUAUGGUACACGAUGACAAAGAUGUCCAAGAAUAUUUAUUCAGGAACUCAUCUCUUAACUAAUUAUGGACAAAUUGGUCAUUUUCGAUAAAAAUGACCAGACAACUAACAAUUUUCAUUUCAAUGGAAACAAUUAGUAAACAUGCAUCGAGGAAACUCUGAUCAGAAGGUUCAUCAGUCAUAGUCAGAUCCACAACGGUUCAAAUCUGCAGAAAUCAACCUUAAGGACAUACAUGAAGCUUUGAACUCUCGAUUUAGAAUGCUGCUGUUUGGCUCAAUCAAUUCCUGUGAAAUCGGAAUUAAUUUCAUAUCUAUGUCCUUUAUACUGUAGCCUGUGUUGAAGGACUUAUUGAAUCACGUUAUCUAGCAGUCCAUGUCUGAAGGUUACGCCGUUCCGGAGUACAUAUCGAGGACGGUAUACCGAGGGUUGUAUACAGAGUGUCAGUAUGUGACAAUACACAGUGCACUGUCCGUCAUCAUGAAUAUAAAGAUAACACAUGUGUUCUAAUAUGUUAUCGUCAUCUGGUGAGAAACUGACGUUCUGUUUGAAUACAAAUUAUAUUUAGACACGGGGGAUUUGAAAUAAUUGGUUUAAACUUUCAUUUGUUAACUUUCAACAACGUUUCCUUAUCUACUUUUAAAGUUUGAAUGUUUAUUUGUGAUUUCCUGAAAUAGAUUGACUAUAUCCAAUAUUUAGAAAAGAGACUUGGAGUGGUAGGCUAAUCUAAAACUCCAACACCUGUGUACACUUGACAGCUUUUAAUCACCAUGGAGAUAUGACUGAAAUAUCUUUAACGCGACGUAAAACACCAUGAUGGCAAUGAACUGAUUUCAAAAAGAGACAAUCUAAAUAAAUCUGUUACAUAAACAAUGUCCUCAAUAAAAACAAGAUGUAUCUAAAUCUAGAUUUAUACGUUCUUAAACUUAUAUGCUUUCAAACUUAUCUUCACGGUGAUAAUCAAAUACGGGAAGCAUUAAGCUGUUAUCAUAUACAGGGGACAUUAUGUAGUUUCACAUGUUUCAUUUUUGAAUCUUUGAAAGUGGAUGGCUACAUGUUUGUCAUAAUAAGCAUUUAUUGUAUAGAGACAGCGAAUUUUAUUUAUUUUUUAUUGGGUUGUUAGAUGACGCAUUUGAAAGACAUGUCUAAUUUUCUACCAUUUCUUCAUAUGAGCAUUAUAUAUGUUCCUGGUUAGCUAUGUCAUCUUGUUGUUUGGAUGUAAUGUCACAGUAAAAUUCUUCCUUUUUUAGAAUUAAACAUGUCUUUUUAAACUCUGAUACAAAUUAUGAUAGAAUUCAUGAUAGGUGGGAUCAGGAGCUUAGGCGGAUUACCAAAUGCCCCUCUUCACCGGGUACACCUAAUGCGAGUCAUAUACUUUGACCAGGAAAACUAUGUAACCUGUAGUUAAAAUCACUAUGUAAGGAAUGACCUAAUAAUUGAUAUGUAGCACGUCAGAUUCUGCCAUUGCGGAAAUAUUAUCUUACAUGUCAACUUAUACAUCCCAGAAUGCAACAGAAAACCACGCAUUACCCAAUUUCAGAUUGGCUAAGAGACCUGCAGGUUGCUUAAUCAGUUCAAUAAACCUAAGAGAAAAACAUGUAUCAUCAAACUAAAUUAUUUCAAUGAUUGUUUAUCGUCCCUCUCGAGAAUAUUUCACUUAUAAAGAGACGUCACCAUUGCCGGUGAAGGGCUACAAAAUUUAGGCCUGUGCUCAGCGCUUAUGACCAUUGAGCAGGGAGGGAUCUUUAUCAUGCCAAACCUGCUGUGACACGGGACCUCGAUUUUUGCGGUCUCAUCCGAAGGACCGCCCCAUUUACUCGCCUUCUACGAUAAACAAUUUCCUUGUUGAUCCUACCCAAAUACUCUAUGAUAAAUUAAAACCACUUUGCACCGUAUACGAUAUAUUUGUGCAUUUUAAAGUUAUUCUAUACAUGUACAUAUGGCGCUAUAUUGCAUUAUGCAAGCGCGUCCUGGCAGUACAACUACGUGUAGCUAAAAUCACAAAAGUUUACAGACCGUGGAAAUAUAAUUUGCUGUGAAGUUUCUCUAUAUCGAUAUUUGAAAUAAUUUUCCAAACGAAAAGCAGAAAAAUGAAGAGAAUAAAACAACAUCUAUCAAAUAUACAUAGACACAAACAAAAUAAAAUAUAUUCGAUUCAACUUGAAUUCAGGAUGAUCAACGUUCGUUAUUUUCACCUUUCAUAUGUUACGAGAUUGAUCUCUGUUGGUUUUCUCCACCUUGCUUUCAAACGUUCGAAAGUUUCAAAAACGACUACGUACCUCAAAUCGCUUGAUUCGACUCUGAUUUAGUGUUUUGUCAGUGAGAUACGAUAGCUUUGGUUAAUCGGUUUUCAUAGUGGUCUAUUAUUUAUCUGUGAAUCCAUCAUUAUUAAGAGCUUACUUGCACAUUUGAUGCAUAUACAUGUACAUUAUUUAAUAAGUGGGGGAGUGAACAAAUCACCUAAAUUCUUACAGCGUUUAUAUGACACAAUGGGUAAUUCAGGGAGAAUUACUUUGUACUGUUAAUUCUCUAUAAGGAGAUAUCACUAUUUUGAUGAUAUCCCUUAUUUUUCGGAGUCAAGGCUUGCAUUCGAUUACAAAAAAAAAAAAAACAAGUGGGAUAUUUGUGUUUUGAUAGCAGUUUGCACCGUCUGCACUGUGUCUGUUUGACAUUUUGUCCAUGUUAAUUUCAUUUUAGGAUAACCUGUUUUUGAGAUCAGUUUAAUUUGAAACAAUUUUGUUACGUGCAAUAGUUUGAUUUUUCUUUCUUAAAUAUCGAAUAGUAUCACUCUAAAUGAAUCCUUUAAAAAUAGGACUGUGAGCAGCCUUGUGAUCCAAAGAUUGGAAAAUAUUUAUGAGUUUAAUGCAUACUUUGAUCAUUAUUAUUGAAUUAUUGUCCUUUGUAUGUAAUUUUAUCUAAGAUAUGCAUACUUUACUUUGAAAUUACGUGUGUGAAUUUCAGUAAUGGAUGAUGAGCAUUGGCUUUAGCGAAAAGAUUAUUGAUCACAGUCCCAUGACUCAUCCUCACUUUUUUGUUUAGAAUUUUGUUGAUGAGUUGAUGCAUGCAGAGGUUGGAUCAGGUGCCUAGGAAAUGUAAACAUCACGCGUCGACCGGUUACACCCGCUGAGAGCCCCACAUGUCUUGAUCAGGCAAACGGAGUAAUCCGUAGUCAAAUUCAAUGUGUUAAGAACAGCCUAACAAUAAUCAAUUUAGUAUUGGGUAUUGAAAAUUGUGAAACAAUAUGCUUUCUUAUCAGUCAUCGUGCUUACGUUAAAUGGUUACAAACUAUAAUCCUGGUCUUUCUGUUGAUAAGUUGUCUUAGCUUUGUUCACGGUCUUGCAAGUGCUGGCAUCGACUGUUAACGUCCUUGGAUAACUGAUUUGUAAUAGUGGGGCAUGUUCUUUGUGUUGUUGGGUCGAUAAAGUUUCAUGGCAACUACUGGUUUGUCAAAGUUGCGAAUAAAGGAUGCGUUGAAUUUAUUUCUUGAAACUUCUUGAAACUUGUGUGGAAAUUCUAAGUUUAAUACCCCCCAAAAACUUGAAAAUGUAGCUAUCCACCCAAAUCAUGAUGUGGAAUUCUAAUUAAAUCAAACGAUUGAAUAAAUCUAAAUGAACGUAUUUCUACGAUUCCAUAAAAAUAUCGAUCACUAGAAUUUGAGGUAACCGUACGUUGGUUUGUAUAUCUUUAUAUAUUUCUGGAUAAACGACGUAGAUUGUAAUCGUUUUAUAUCUGUUUGUACAUAAUAUCUUUAAACAAAGUUUUAAGUCAUCAUUAAUUGGCAUACAGUCGGAAUACAACACUCGUCAGGAAUAGAUGGAUAAGUUCCGCGUACUACAGUGUAAGUACAUACAUCCGGAGAAUUUGAUGAUUCUACUAUCAGCCAAUUUAGCCUAUUGUGAUCUAUUAACACGAUAAAUUCAAUGUCUGAGAGUGCAUUUCCGUCUGUUACAAUUGUAAAAUAAAAGUCAGUUCAACAUUUGAUAUGUUACUUUCUAUUUCAUGAGAUUCUCAGAUAAAGAAUUUAAAUGUAAUUUACAUGUUUAAUGGGUUGACUUUCUUAUGUUAUUUGCUAAAUAGAAUGAGCAAAAAUAGGCAAAACUUACUUUAAUUCCUAAAAAAGAAACAGUGACGAGAUAAUCAAUUCUACACUGUAGAGACAAAUACCGCACCACGUUCCUGAGUUCGUGUGUAUAUCAAUCAAUAUAAAUGUAUGUAUCUAUCUGUCUAUUUACAUUAAUCCUCGCUACCUUAUUCUAGAAAUUAAAUAGAACCACUUGGAUACUACAAUAGUUUAUUUGAUAUUUGUAACAUUUCUUGUUUGAUAAAGUGUUACCAAAAUGCACAAAGGCUAAGCCCGUUCUAGGUCCGAACUCUGUGAUACCAUUACUAUAGAAAGGGGUCUAACUCUUACCCAGAUAAAGAAAACUACCCACUCUCUUCAAUUGCCUAAACAACCAGAAACUAGGUGCGAUAUGCGUAAUUUGCCGGUCUCCUUGCAUAGAAUAAUGUUAUAACUAACUAUAUGUCCCAGCAACAGGUUCUUGAUAUAACAAAGGUAUUCGUCAUAGCUCUCUAGAUUCCACCUGUUUGUUGUUAGUAGGACAGUUACCGGUCCAGGUCAACUGGUUGUAUCUUGCCUAUGACAGCAGCGGAAUUCAGACUAGUGUGGAAGAUUUUGGACCUAUCAAUUAAAAUUUCAUACCAAAUAUACGUUAGUUACUUCCUCAUACAUGUACUUUAAUAUUGUUUCUAUAUUCAUUCUAUCUUGGUUGUUUCUUUUAGAAAAGAUCAACUCCUGACUCUAUCUGCUACUAAAGACCUGAAAUACCUGAAACUUGAAAGAAGGUGAAAAUGGGUAAAACUGAUCUAAAUGAAAUAAAAUAGACAAAAAAUAUUAAGAAAGCCAAAAAAUAAUGUUCAAUCUCCUUCUCUAGGUCCAAUGUCACAAGAAAAAUGUUUUGAUCAAUUGUACGGUUUUUAAGAUUAAGUAUACAGUGUCUUUCAUUAAAAUGGCAGUUGAUGCUGCUGAGGAAAAAUUGAGUCGUGUAACGUCUACACGAAGAGCAUUAUGAACGUAUGAGGAAGUAAGCAGAGAACAUCUGAUAUGAAAUUUUAAUCGAUACGUCCGAAAUCCCUGUAAAAAGAACAUGUUUAUUAAUGACAUAAGGCCUCGUGUAUUGCAAGUUUUAAAUCUUAGAGAAAAUUGGAGUCUAAAUAUUUAAGCAAUUUAAACAUCAUCGUCAAAAAAGCGAAUCUAUUUCAAUACACUGUCCUUUUUAUAUUGUCAAGUGACACCUCAUUGACAAGAGAGCUAUUGAGUUGUAACAUGAAAAAAAAAAACCCGGCAAAUAUCUUUGAAACUAAAAUGAUUUCCUUCACGAAUAGACGAAAAUCAAAACCUUGUAUUCUUAUUUCAUUAACAAGCCCUAUGGAAAAUGACUCAUGCGUUACAUUAAAUUUGGAAUUUCAGAACUAUAGAUAUCUGUGUCCGGGUUCGUGUCCGGGUUCUUGUUUGCCCUACUCUGGUUUUGUAUUAUUUAUAGGAAUGAAAUCGAUCAUUAUUCCUUGAUCUUCACGUUUGAUGAAUCCUUUCCGAUCUUUCCAAAUGUGGAGUUAAGAGAUUGUUUAAAUAUUGGCAGGGUUGAACUCCAGCAUUUUUAAUUUUUUUUUUUAUAGGAAGUUCAGUGUAUUUUACGUAGAAUCAGAUUAGUGUGUAACAAAUUAACGGGUUUUUUUUACGACUGAUCACAAGAUAUGUAUGUUCCCGUGCUCUAUUUCAAUUCAGAAAGCAACUGACAAGGGUUUGAAAGGUCCUCUAUAACGUCAGCAUUUCGUACAAUCUAUUAUAUUCACUUAGUGAUUUAAUUCGCAAAUAGGAACUAUCACUGGGUCCAAUAAUAUAUGACGUGUUUCGUACCAAAUGUUAGGUAUUUCUUUACACAUUUAUUUCAACUACUGAUUACGCCGUUUACCUAAUCAAGACAGAAGGCCCAGGACGGAUGUGAUUGGUGAACAGGGAAUGUUUACCCAUUCUUGGCACUUGAUCCAACCUCUGUUCAUUCAAGGGGUCAUUGUUUACCCUAUCCUUGAUUUUUGUAUUUAUUUUUUUUAGAAUUAUGAGAUUAAUCACUGUUCAUCUUCUUCACCUUUCAUCCACAAGUCAAUUGAAAUGACGACAUGGCACAGAUACACUGAUCCUUUGGGAAUCCGGGUUAGAAUGAUCAUCAAUACCCCUUGCUUGUCGUAAGAGGUGACUAAAUGGGAGGGUUCUUCGGAUUAGACCGGAAAAACAGAGGCCCCGUGUCACAACAGAUGUUGCACGAUAUAGAUUCCUCCCUGAUCAAAGGCCACAAGCGCCGAACGUAGGCCUAAAUUUUGCAGACCUUCACCGGCAAUGGUGACGUUUACAUAUCAGUGAAAAAUGCUCUCAAGGGACGUUACACAAUUUACAAUAUCUUUAGAAUUUCAAUAGCGGAAGUGUCGCGGGGUUAUUUUGAAACGUUUACAUAGCAAUGACCUAUGAGAUUUAAGUGAAUUAUUAUUACGUGUUCGAUUGUGAAUCUCGGGGCUGUGUUGUCACUUUCUAGCGCACGCACGCUGUUCUUGAGCAAGUCUCGUUUUUUUAUGUUAGUUAUAUUUGAAUUAAAACAGUAAUUUCUUUUGUUGUUGUUGUAAAAAUGAGAGUCCGCCAUUUAUUUUGUUUACCUCGCAUUAUAUUGCCGCGGACACACAGGUUUCCAUAGUUUUUCACAAACGUUGUGAUUUUUAUCUAUGGUUUUUCCUGGGCGGCGAGGGAAGCACAUUUAUGAUAUAUUGAAAAUAUAAGUAUUACAAGUUUGUGUUUUGUCAAACAAUGUCUAUGAUUGCUUUGUAUUACGUGUUGUUUGUGGUGUAUAUGUACUCAAAAUAAAUAUCAUCUCGCACGAUGCAUUGUAUUAUAAAAUUGAUGUUUCA